AUGGCCACGGCGCAGGUCUACAUGAAGCGAUUCUACUCCAAAGUCGAGAUUCGUCGAACGAACCCAUACCUCGUUAUAGCGACCGCUAUAUACUUGGCCUGCAAAAUAGAAGAGUCUCCUCAACACAUUCGACUCAUCGUGACAGAGGCGCGACAGAUGUGGGGAGAUCUCGUGGCCAUCGACACGUCCAAGCUGGGCGAGUGUGAGUUCUUCAUGAUAAGCGAGAUGCGAUCACAGUUGAUUGUAUUCCAACCGUAUCGAACGAUCACAGCCUUGCGAAACGAACUAUCGUUGGUGGACGACGAGGUGCAACUGGCUCGCUCGGUCAUCAACGAUCACUUCAUGACGGACCUUCCGCUCCUAUACCCUCCACAUGUUAUCGCCAUGGUUGCCAUCCUACUGGCCUUGGUGUUGAGGCCUAACAACUCCGGCCCUGGCCAGAGCACUUCAGGAGCGGCUGCCGCAGCAGGACUGGCAGCCGCUCAACAGGCGCUGAUGCGAGCACAGGGCCAACAAGCACAAGGCGGAAUGCCCGAGCCCGCUGCUGCAGAACCCAAGGAGAAGCGGCAACAAGAUCGGGUGUCGCGGGUGCAAAAGUUUGCGAAAUGGCUGGUCGACAGCAACGUGGAGAUUGCAUCUAUGGUGGAUGCUACUCAGGAGAUAAUAUCAUUUUAUGAGUGCUACGAACAUUACAACGACAAGCUCACUCGCGAACAGAUCAACAGGUUUGUUAAGGCAAGAGGCUUAGAUAAGUGA